AUGGAGAGCGGCGGGGCGCUGAACGGCUCCGCCGCCACCGCCGGGCGCUUCGCCGCCGCGGGGACGGCAGCGCAGGGCUCGUUGAUGGUGCUGCUGAUCGCCGUCACCGUGGCCGGGAACGCCUUGGUGAUGUUGGCCUUCGUGGCGGAUUCCAGCCUGCGUACCCAAAACAACUUCUUCCUCCUUAACCUGGCCAUCUCGGAUUUCCUAGUAGGUGCCUUCUGCAUUCCCUUGUACGUGCCCUAUGUGCUGACGGGGAGAUGGAUCUUCGGGAGAAGCCUCUGCAAACUCUGGCUGGUAGUUGAUUACCUGCUCUGCACCUCUUCGGUCUUCAACAUCGUGCUGAUUAGCUAUGACAGAUUCCUCUCGGUGACAAGAGCGGUUGCCUACAGAGCCCAGCAAGGCAACACCAAGCGAGCGGUGCUGAAGAUGGUGAUGGUAUGGGUACUAGCGUUCCUGCUUUAUGGACCUGCCAUUAUCAGCUGGGAGUAUAUAUCAGGCCGGAGUAUCAUACCCACUGGGGAAUGCUACGCUGAGUUUUUCUACAACUGGUAUUUUCUCAUGACAGCCUCUACACUGGAGUUUUUCACCCCUUUCAUCAGUGUAAUGUUUUUCAACCUGAGCAUUUACCUGAACAUACAAAAGCGUACCAAAACACGCCUGGAUAUUUUCCAUGAAGUGCACAACCAGUCCUUCACUGAAGAGAUGGAAAUGAGCCCAGAAGCAAAGCUUUCUUUGAAAUGCUGUAAGUGGGAGCAGAAGGAGCCAGCUGAAACCCUCGACCUCUCUAAGAACAAAGCGCAAGCAGCAGCCUCCACUGCCAGCCUGGAUGCCAAAGACCUACUGUCAACAAGCUCUGAGAGCUCCAGGAAACCCAAGUGUUGCAACAAAAACAGCUGUAAAAAUUCAGCAUCCACUCUCUCCUUGGAGAAACGGAUGAAGAUAGUGUCCCAGAGCAUGACUCAACGCUUCAGGCUCUCUAGAGACAAGAAAGUGGCUAAAUCACUGGCAAUCAUCGUGGGCAUUUUUGGAAUCUGCUGGGCACCGUACACUCUCCUGAUGAUCAUCCGCGCUGGCUGCCACGGCCACUGCAUCUCUGAGUACUGGUACGAGACUUCCUUUUGGCUGCUGUGGAUCAACUCAGCUGUCAACCCUGUCCUAUACCCUCUUUGCCACUACAGCUUCAGAAGAGCUUUUAUUAAACUCCUCUGUCCCAAGAAGCUAAAGAUUCAACCUCAUGAUCCCCUUCAGAACUGCUGGAAGUGA